AAAAAAAUGGACAAACCGAACUUAGUUGGUUGUGUGAAUGCAACAACGAGGACUUUAACCUGGAUAAACAUGUCGUGUGAACACCCCUUUGGGGUUAUUCCAGCUGUUCUGGUUGUGCCUGGCUUAUCUUUCUGCCCCCUUCCUGCAGAGCUCUUCAGCCAUGUCAUCCCGGGAACGCCGGACGGAAUUCUUCAUUAAAACCGAGCCAGCUUCUCCAGAUAGCCUCGUCCAACACAGCCCCAGUGGGUCGUCCGACACCAGCACGAGCGGGGCACCCGCUGAACUCGAGACUGCAAGCACCUUACCCACCGGGACGGGGGCAUCCCGCCGACGCCAUGAUGACGACCCAGACGAGGCUCCUGGCAGGGGAAAGUAUAUGUUAAACACGAUGCCCAAGCGACUGUGCUUGGUAUGUGGUGACAUCGCCUCGGGGUACCACUACGGCGUGGCCUCCUGCGAAGCGUGCAAAGCCUUUUUCAAGCGAACGAUCCAAGGAAGCAUUGAGUACAGCUGCCCGGCCACCAACGAAUGUGAAAUAACCAAGCGUCGCCGGAAAGCGUGCCAGGCGUGCCGUUUCACCAAGUGCCUGCGUGUGGGAAUGCUGAAAGAAGGGGUACGCCUCGAUCGGGUACGUGGAGGUCGACAGAAAUACAAGCGCCGGCCAGAGGUGGAGGGUGCCCCCUACCCCAGCACUUUUGUGACCCCGCAGAUCGCCACAGCUACCGCCAAGAAGUCAGCGCCGAUGAACACGAUGGUGUCGCACUUGCUGGUAGCCGAGCCGGAGAAACUCUAUGCCAUGCCUGACCCAGCGCUUCCCGAAGGGCCUGCCAAAGCUGCUAGCACGUUGUGUGAUCUGGCAGACCGGGAAAUCGUAGUCAUCAUUGGUUGGGCCAAAAAUAUACCAGGAUUCCCAGCGUUAUCCUUGGCAGACCAGAUGUCUGUCCUGCAGAGCGUCUGGCUGGAAGUUUUGCUCCUUGGAGUAGCCUGGCGCUCGCUGCCUUGCGAAGACGAGAUUGUCUUUGCAGAAGACUUUGCGCUCGACGAAGAGGCCGCCCGGACGGCAGGGCUGCUGGAGCUGAGCAGCGUGGUCCUGCAGCUGGUGCGCAAGUACCGUGCCCUGCGCUUGGAGCGCGAGGAAUAUGUGCUGCUCAAGGCAUUGGCCCUUGCCAACUCAGACUCUGUGCACAUCGAGGACAUGGCGGCUGUGCAACGCCUCCGGGACGUGCUUCACGAAGCGUUGCUGGAGUAUGAGGCGUCACGACGCCCCGAGGAGCCUCGCCGGGCCGGUCGCCUUUUGCUCACCCUUCCUCUCUUGCGCCAAACCGCCACCCGGGUCCUGCACCACUUCUACAGCCUGAAACUGGAGGGCAAAAUCCCCAUGCAUAAGUUGUUCCUGGAGAUGUUGGAAGCCAUGAUGGACUGAAGGAAAGAGGCUAGGAAUUGGGGGCAGGAUUCAGGAGGGGGGAGCUGAGGCAUCCAGGACGGGGAUGAGAAGCCCGAGACGGGGACGAGAAGCAGCGGGGGCCUGGAUGCGGCUGUCCCCACCCUCUGAAUCCCGCCACGGCUGUCACGCGAUAACCUGCAUUUUCACCGUAUGCAAACCUUGUGGUCGCCCCAUGGCUUCGUGCAGUGGAGAACACGGUGGAAAAGAAGAUGGGAUUGGUGCAUGGGGCCGCUCGGGCGGAGAGAGGGAGGAACGUUUUUGGAAGCCAUACUUUAAUUUUAAUUUAUUGAUAGGGAAACGGGGGUGGGGGGGAGAGAUUAGAUGCUGUAGCGCUAGCAAUCACAUUGGCUUCGUGUUGUGUGAAAGGGAUGGAGGGAAGGAGGGCUCUUGAUCUUGGCUGGGGAGGGAAUCAGAGCUGUCCCAUCCCGGAAACGACCAGCACAGGGUUGGGAUGGAGAAUCCAAGCCGAACUUCCCUUGGUUUGUUUUUGGGACAGUUUCUUUCCUGCUGCCUAACUUUUCUUCCUAAUGCCUCCUUGUUCACCCUUGGGCUGGGUCAGUGUUUCUCAACCUUGGCAGCUUUAAGAUGAGUGGACUUCACUUCCCAGAAUUCCCCAGCCAGCCAUUAGGAAGAACUCUGGGAAUUGAAGUCCACUCAUCUUAAAGCUGCCAAAGUUGAGAAACACUGGGCUGGGUCCUGAUCCAAUGCACCUUAAUACAUUAUCAGAAGUCAUUCAAUGGCUCCAGGAAUUUGGGAUGCAGAGAAUGGGGGAAAGGGGACAGGACCCCGACUCGUUUUGCCUUUUCAAUGCCAUGCUGUCUUCACGCAAUCUCAGGGGAGGGACGGUCCUCUGCGUUUCUCUCCCCCCCCCCAAGAUCUGCCUCCUUUCCUCCUUCCCAGAAUGUUGCAUUAUCACUUUUAAGCAAUAACUUAAAAAAAAAAAUGGGGUGGGGAGAGUUGGGGUCCCCAAGGGGGCUGCCUCUUUUGCAUGUAACCUGCCUUAAAACCCGGGGAAGAGGUGGGCUGCAGUGAGGGAACAAGCCCCCCUACCCCCGAGAUGAAAAAAGGCAGGGCCUUUCAUUCUCCAUCCUCCACUUAAUUCCCACGUAGCAAUAGUUAAAAAAAAGGCAAUUUUGCUUUUCUUUUCAGGUGUAAUGCCCUGUCUCCCCCUCGCCAUAGCAGACCGAGCAGGUGAUCUCUCCUCUUCCCCACCUCAAGCCAAACCCAACUUCUGCCCAAAGCAAUAAACACCUUUUCCUCUCAAUUCUCUUCCUUCCCGCAAAAUUUAGGAAGGGAGGCCACGUGGCCUGAACAGGAGAGCCGUGUACAUAGCAAUAUAUUUUACUGUAUAUUUGUUGCAGGAAAAAAAAAAUGUUACCCCAUCUCUGGCUCACUUGUCCCUUCCCCAAAGGGGCAGGGUGACCUUCUCCCUUGCCGGGGGGGGGGGCAGGCAGGGAAUAAAGGAAGGGGGGAAAACGACGCUGGAUUUUUUUUUUAAAUUAAAUUAUGUGUGUGUACAUAUUAUAAAUACCUCUGAUUUGUGUAUAGGCGGUUAUACAUUCAUAGAGAGCUCUAUUACUGAAAAAAUUAAAACGAGGCCGAUGCAGCCUAAGGCAA